UUAUAAAGAAGGAAGAAAAUAAAGAUUGAUACUGCAGUUGUAACAAUUGAUUGAUUUGACUUUGAGGCUUGGUCUUGCUGACCAAUGGCAACCAAAGGGAUGAUCCCUGGCUGAUCCUCUAAUGAAGCCACAUCAUUCUGCCGAUUAAAGGUUUCAUGGAUUUAAUCAAGACGGAUAUGGUAUAAAAGAGCGCUUCUUGAAUAAUUUCAAAACAAGGUGAGGGACUGGCAGACGGCGACCACCAACAUGUUCAACGACAGUAUUCAUUGGGAGGCGAGAGUUCUACCAGCAGGUCCACCACGUCUGCUGGGAUGGAACGUCCCUGCCGAAGAAUUAGUCCAUGUACCGGAACAUUGGCUGGUCUUUCCUGAGCCUAAUCCCUCCCUUCAUUAUAUGCUUGCCCUGUUAUACAUAUUAUUUACAUUCAUUGCCUUGCUUGGAAAUGGUCUCGUCAUAUGGAUAUUUUGCGCUGCCAAAUCUUUGAGGACUCCCUCGAACAUGUUCGUGGUGAAUCUUGCGAUUUGCGACUUUGCCAUGAUGAUGAAGACGCCAAUUUUUAUUUACAAUUCGUUUUACACUGGUUUCGCUUUGGGUAAUUUGGCGUGUCAGAUAUUUGCCACGAUCGGUUCGUUGUCCGGCAUUGGUGCGGCGGUAACCAACGCCGCUAUAGCAUAUGACAGAUACAGUACCAUAGCUAGACCAUUGGAUGGAAAAUUAUCUCGCGGUCAAGUGAUUCUCUUCAUCGGAUUGAUUUGGGUUUAUGUGUUACCAUGGGUUUUAAUGCCUGCCAUGGGUGUUUGGGGUCGUUACGUACCCGAAGGAUUUCUUACGAGUUGUACCUUUGAUUAUUUAACCGAUACAGGAGAAACAAGAUAUUUCGUCUUAACUUUAUUCGUAUUCUCCUAUUGCAUACCAAUGUCACUUAUUAUAUAUUAUUACAGUCAAAUUGUUAGUCAUGUUGUUAAUCAUGAAAAGGCACUCAGAGAACAAGCUAAGAAGAUGAACGUUGAAAGCUUGAGAAGUAACGCCAAUCAGAAUGCUCAAUCUGCUGAAAUUCGUAUAGCAAAAGCUGCCAUUACAAUCUGUUUCCUAUUCGUUGCCGCAUGGACACCAUAUGCGGUGCUCGCCAUGAUCGGUGCGUUUGGAAACAAAGCGUUACUUACUCCUGGCGUUACUAUGAUACCUGCAUGCUUUUGCAAAAGCGUUGCUUGUAUCGAUCCAUACGUUUAUGCAAUCAGUCAUCCUAAGUACAGGCUCGAGUUGCAAAAACGAUUACCAUGGUUAGAGCUUCAAGAAAAACCGAUCGUAUCCGACAGUACGAGUACCACAACCGAAACUGUUAAUACACCACCACCAGCUUCGAGUUAAUCUACUUCUACGUUUUACACAAUAAUAUAUAACGGAUCGAUAAUAAUAAUACUUUAAAAAAAAACAAGUAAAAAAAGAAAAAGAAAAAAGAUUGCGCUCGAUAUAUUCUGACAUUGUACGAUUGAUUCUGAUCUUCACACUGUAACUACAAAAUACGUGAUUAUAUUCUUGUAUAGCAAAUAACAUUCCAAUAAAGUAAAUCCCUGGCAUAUAA